CGCGCGCCUCUCGCCACUGCAAUCCUCGACGCUGCAGUCGGGCACGAACUAACGCGAGUGUGUGCUUAUCUCCUCGCUUGCGAAAAACGGAAGAGCGCGGAAGCUGUCGUUGCCGUUUUCUUCAGAACGGGACUGUUCACGUCCGUAUGGUGUUCAUUUCAUGAUUCUGUCGUACCGGCGAACAUUUUCGUAGAGUAAACACCAUGUCAAGCGGCCCGUACCCUUCUCAACAGCCGCCACUGUUUCUUCAACCUAUAGUCCAGCUUCCCUAUACGCCCAUAAUGCAACCAGCAAAUCCGAGUGCGCCUUCCGGCCUAUCGUACCCAACGAAUCCUGGAUUUAUGCCAACGCCCGUGCCGCAACCCGGAAUUCAAAAUUCUGGAUUUGUGCCAACGCCCGUGCCGCAACCCGGAAUUCAACAUUCUGGAUUUAUGCCAACGCCUCCACCGCAACCUGGAACUCGGCAACAGCAACCCUACAUUGGAUUUGCGCCACACGACCAGUUUCCAGCUGCACCGCCUCCAUAUCCAGGUCCAGGACAAGCAGACUUUGGGAAGCCAUCAUCGGGGAUGAGUUCACCUGUUGGCACUAUGGAAAGGGACACCACACCAACGCUUGAAUCCUGGAAUGGCUUCUCCAACAAAGAGAUCAGGCGUGUCUUUGUUCGAAAAGUGUAUGCUAUCCUCAUGGUCCAGCUCACCAUCACAUUUGGUGUUGUGGCUUUGUUCGUAUUCGAGCCACAUGUUAAGUUAUUUGUACAGAAGAAUUUUGAAGCAUACAUUGCUGCCUAUGUUUUGUUUAUUGUCCUCUACAUAGCACUGGUCUGCUGUGAAAGCCUGAGGCGAACUUACCCUACAAACAUGAUCCUGCUGUUUGUCUUUACACUGGUGAUGUCCUACAUGGUCGGCGUGAUAUCGAGUUUCCAUGAUACUGACACUGUCCUCAUGGCUUCCGGAAUCUGUGCAGCUUGCUGCCUGGCUGUCUCUAUCUUCUCCUGCCAUACAAAGUUUGACUUCACCAGCUGUGCUGGCUUCCUCUUCAUUGCUGUUUGGGCUCUGUUUCUCUUUGGCAUCCUCACAAUCUUCACCUACAACAGGAUUAUGAACACAGUGUAUUCUGUUCUCGGGGCUGUCCUCUUUAUGGCUUUCCUGGCCUUUGAUACCCAGAUGCUCAUGGGUGGUCGCAAGUUGGAACUGAGCCCUGAGGAGCACAUCUUUGCUGCACUGCAGCUGUACAUGGACAUUGUGCAAAUCUUUCUGUUCCUAUUGAGAAUUGUGGGAAGGCGCUAAGCUGUAGGAUGUAGCCAUGCACAUUUGGUGAUGACUUCCAUGUUCUUGCAGAGCUAUACUUCCCUCUAAUACCAAACCGACCUUGCCGUUAUUUGCGUGAGCUAUUAUUCGGCAGGAGUCAACCUUUCGCAGACAUGCACUGCAAAAAGCAGUUUUCUUCUCUCUCGGAAACCGAAGUGCUGGCAUGUGUGGCUAAAUCAUUCAUAAAUCAAUGAUUUGAGGCAAUCUGGUUUCAAAGUUGAAUUUUGUAGUAAUGAAGGCUGUUGCUUUUUGCAAGCUUUGAUAUCGGCACCUGGUGCUGAUAUCUAGGCCAGCUGACCUCGGAAGGAAAAUACACCUUUGUCGAGUCCAGCCACAAAGCUACUACGAAGUAAAAGUUUCUCUAAGCCCUAGGCACCUUAAUAUAAAUGGCCACAAAUAUGCUCUCAGGUGAGCUGCCACAGGAAGUUUCCAUACAGUGCAGCAGAACGAAUGUUAUGCAUCAUGUCUGCCUCUGUCCUGUCAUUUGUCCACAGAGUUACCCAUUGCUAAAGUGGAGUAACAUGUGGGUCUGGCCGUUAGCAAAGUGGUUACAUAUUGUAGUUAGCAGUAGCCUGCUCGUGUAAACUGUGAUCAUACAUGUUUUCUCUAGCUGAAUUAGGCCAACUCUUGAGCACGACUGUUUGGCUUUCACAUUCUGCUGCUGCAACUAUUAUUCUGUUAUUUCGUUUGUGCAUUUUGGAUUGUAUAAGGAAGGGAACAUUGGAAAUCACUGUCACAUGCUCUCUUUUGUGCAUUUCCAAGUCUUACAGGUAAAAUUUGUGAUGCUGUUUUGUGUAAUGUAUUCCUUGGAUGAACAAGCCGAGAUGUUUUAGCUUAUGAGAAACUACUCGGAAUAUAUUUUGCUACUGCUUUUUUUCCCUUUAAUUUCUUUUCCCUCCAUCUAUCACGCUAAGUGGCCAAGAAAAGUGAAAAUGAUACAGCAUGCGAGCCGUUAUAGAAUGGAAGAAAGGGUGCUUACAAAACACGGUUCAAAAAGUCAUUAUGUGUAAGAUGCCCAUUUAGUGCAGAUAGAAUGCAAAUGGCACGUUGUGGUAGCGGAGUACCAUGUUGGGACAGUCAUUGAAUCCCAACUCUUCAAACACGUGCGAGUGCAAUCUGCACAUCACCGAGUCCUGUACUUUUGUGAAUAUGCUUAACUGUUCAAAAAAAAAUUCAUCCAGGUCAUCACACAAGCUUUAUGUACCAAAUUGCAGCAUUCUAGACCAAUGGGAAGCCAUGGGAGGCCUAUGUUUGUCCAUACCGAGGUUGUACAUUUCUUACCCUAGUCUUCGAAGUGUGGCAUGCACCCCCUUUGUGGUGAAAUGUACCAAUGAGCCACGAGAAUUUUGUUGAAAGCCAGAAAUGAUGCUCGAUAUUCGGGUUUCUUCCCAUUUGAGCAGUUUUGUAUGUACUGCAAGUUCUACUGUCAGAUAUGUUAGUGAAUGUUGUCACAAUGUUCAUCUUCAUUAGAGCUCUGUGGUGUUGUGUAAUUUUGGCAUUUUUAAAAGAAAUUGUGAGGACCUUAAUUGGUUUAAAGCAUUAACGUUAAGCCCAGCAUGCGGGCAGGUUGGCAUUAACUUCCAAGGUUUUUUUAAUUAAGUAGUUUGCUUGGACAAAGUUUUGUGUAUUGGUAGUGAUUAUGUUUAUGUAACUUUUCUUGUAUCUUAAAUAGUUGGUGUGGACAAAGUGUUGUGUAUCGGUAGUGGUUAUGUUUUUAUGUAAUUUUUGUGUGUUAUGAUAAAAUAAAAAUGAACUGAAGAA